CGCGGAUACAUCAUCAGGUUAGAAUUUUGUACUAGUCGGUGCUUGACGUGCGCGGUCUCAGAUCGGGGGGGAGGGCCAGGGCCACAGACGGCAAUUGCUAAUUUUCACAACCUCAGGUUAGAUGAAGUAGACUGCAGACGCCACUCAAGUUCCUGUAGGUAAACAACUCGCGAGCAUCAUGCUAGAUUGUUGCCAGUUAGUUGGGAUGGGAUGGACGGAAGGGGAGCUGCUGGUUAUUGUUCUACGGGACGGGACUGUGUUGCUAUACGAUGUCUUGGGAAGAUUUGUGCAGACAUUCCUGUUAUUACUGCCAGCUUCGCCUUCGGAGGAUAACAUCACCGAAAUAUGUCUUUGGGGAUCUGGCAUUGUUGCAUUGACAGGCACCAUGGCGCUGCAAGUAUGUGAUGAUGUCACCGUAACAUCUCCAUCUGUUUACCGUAUGUCAACUGGGCUCUCGCCAAGACGGCCUGCUACUUCGAUGGUUGUUUUGCAGCCGUGUUUUACGUCAUCUGGGCUUGUUGAAGUUAUUCUCGGUACAAGUGACAGUACAGUGUUAGUCGUGGACACAAAUGGCCCCGAGGAUCAACUUCUUCAACAGCGAAUUCAGGCACCAGUAAUUUCUAUGGCGAUAGCCCCGAAUGGCCGCUUCUUGGCCUGUUUUACAGCAUCUGGGAUUCUCACCGUCAUGUCUACAUCGUUCACGACGAAGGUGCUAGAUUUUGAUACAUCAACUACAUCAAAGCCGCUUCAGAUGCAAUGGUGUGGCGAAGAUUCUCUCAUUAUGUAUUGGGAACAUUUUUUAUUAAUGGUUGGGCCGUACGGGCAUUGGUUACGAUUUCCAUACGCAGUACCCCUGUGCUUGAUAUCAGAAUUAGAUUGCUGUCGCAUUAUAUCCAGCACUAACUGUGAGCUGUUACAGCGAGUGCCUGGGCCAAUCGAAUCAAUUCAUCGAAUAGGUUCCACCGAUCCUUCAGCGAUGCUUUAUGACGCCAUGGAAGCAUUCGAGGACGGUGAUCCUAAAGCUGAUGAAACCAUGCGCUCGAUGGAACUCACGGGACAACUUGGUUUCGCAAUCCAAACAAAUAUUUCAGCUGCGGCUGCUGAGAUAUUGCCAACUCAACAAAAACUCUAUCUGCGCGCCGCUAUAUAUGGCCAAGGAUUUUCCGGAGGAUCCGAAUUUACCGAUCAUUAUAUCGCAGCUGCUCGUAAACUUCGUAUUUUGAACCAACUUAGACGUCACGUGCCUGCCAUGUGUUUGACGUCGGCUCAAUAUGAUCGAUCAUCACCAACUGUAUUGGUAGAUCGACUGCUGGCAAGAAACGAACAUACAUUGGCAAUGUCCAUCAGCAAAUAUCUGGGAAUCCGCAGAGAUCGCGUCCUUGUACAUUGGGCAUGUGCUAUGCUGCGCGGCUCUGCCGCCUGUGCUUCACUAGAUGAAACGAUGGUCAACAAAUUGCAGACUUCCCUCAAACUGCCAGGUUCUGCUGUUUCAUACACUCAAAUAGCCGCGACUGCUGAUUUGAUUGGCCGCCGCCGACUGGCAACGAUGCUGCUAGAGUCGGAUUUCAACACAACUGAGCAGGUCAAGCUGCUGCUCACUAUGAAAGAGUGUGGACUCGCCCUUGAGAAGGCCUUAAAGUCCAUGGAGGUAGACCUCAUAUAUCUUGCUCUAUUGAGCAUGCAAAGGGCACAUCACCUGAUUUCUAGUCGGAGCGCAUGGCAUGGAUCUGAGACGAAAGCCUCUUUCGCUCAGUUGAUUGAACGAAGCGCAGAUUCGGCCAACUUGAUGCGAGUUUACUAUGAAUCGUCUACUCAAGCAAGAUCGCACGAAAUAUUGCACAAUUUUCUUUCAAGUAGUCUUGGUAGCACCGGG